UCCUGUAGCGGUGCGUCACCUCCUAGCGACCACACUGCUUGGCGCCAAGCAGCUGAAAGAUUUUCUGACUUUUCUGCCACCAACCUGCGUCCAGGGUCCGAGAGAAGCGGGUUCACCAUGGACAUCAGGCGGUUCUUUGGUCCUUUAUCAGGGAAGCCUGCCACAAAUGGAGACAGCAAAGCAGAUAAGAAAAAGACGAAUUCCUCAGAAGAAGAUGUAAAGAAGAAGAAGAAGAAGAAGGAAAACAUUAAGGUCAAAAGCUCCAAAAAUGAAGAGCAUCGGAAAGGCAGCGAGAAGAAAAGAAAGAAACGUCAAGUCAUAGAAUCGGAUUCUGAAGCGGAGGAGGAAGAGCCAGUGAUGAAGUCUAAGAAAUCCUCCAAAGAGAAAGCAAAACCACCUCCUAAGAAGGAUCCAGUGCAGUACGUCUCUGAAACAGACUCGGAUAGUGACAACUUUCAGAGUCUGAAGAAGGUCUCCAAGUCCAAACAGAACUGCACUGAUAAAAAGUCAGAAGAAGAGAGUUGUAGUCCAAAGACCAAAGAGCGGGUGAAGUCUCCUGCUAAGCCCCCUUCCAGCCAGGAGAAAACAGGGAUCAAGAGCCCUAAAGUACCUACAACCCCUAAACUACCCCCUCCCCCUCAGGCCAAACAGACUCCCACCUCUGUAUUCGACUACUUUGGCAGUGGAGAAAUUCACCGCUCGGACAAGAAGCUGGUAGCCAGCACCAAACGAAAGGCUCCAACUCGAAACUCGGAUGACCUGAUAAGCGAUGAGGAAAUGGCCCGUCAGCUGCAGAUGGAAGAGGACAUGGAGGUGGAAAAACAGGUCCAUGAGGACGAGGAGUUUGCCAGAACGUUGGCCAUGCUGGACGCAGAGCCACAGCCCAAAAAAGCGCGCAAAAACUCUGAGGAAAAAGUGGGCCAAACCACGACCCCCAGAAAGAGCAGCCCGUUGAAGACCAGUCAGAGCGCUUCAGAGGACAUGAUUAGUCCAUCGCCCAAGAAGAGCCCUGCUCCGGUCAAAACUAGCUCCAAGCUGGCUAUGAUGAAGAAACGGGAUGAGGUGAAGGACGAAGGAGUGAAAAGUAAAACGCCCACUUCGCCGAUGAAAAACAAAAUUUCUCCAAAGAAAGAGCCCCGUGCUUCAUCGAUUUCAGACAUGAAGUUUACACCCAAAACAGGAACAACAUCAACAGCGCCCACAACGUCUCCUAAGAAGCCCGAGAGCACAAGUACGAGUCCUGAUGAUGCAGAGAAGAAGAAGAUGCACUCUUCAGCUUUCAGGAAUUACCUCAACAGAGACGGACCACGAGCCCUGGGAUCCAAGGAAAUCCCGAAGGGAGCAGAGAACUGUUUGGAGGACUGCGUGUUCGUACUGACGGGAGUCCUCGAGUCGAUGGAGAGAGACGAUGCCAAAGCUCUCAUCGAGCGCUACGGAGGCAAAGUGACGGGCAACAUCAGCAAGAAGACCACCUACCUGGUCCAGGGCAGAGACAGUGGAGUGUCAAAGCUUGAGAAGGCUGAGAGUUUAGGCACCAAGAUCCUGGAUGAGGAUGGUUUGUUGGAGCUGAUCAGAACCAAACCAGGAAAAAAGUCCAAGUAUGAGAUCGCUGCAGAAGCUGAGAGCAAAGCCUCAAAAACUAGGUCUCCUCCAAGUCAGAGAUCGAAGAGCACCCCCAAAGCUCAGAAGACCUCCCCCUCCAAGGGUAACUCCCGGUCGCCUCAGACCCCGAGCCCCUCCAAGACUGGCCAGGCACAAAGUCGCAGACCCAGGACCAGCGGUAGCAGCACUCCAUCUGGGAGAGGCUGCGGACAAACAGCCCGGAGGGAGCUGGACCUUCCCUCCUCCUCGUCUUCUUCAGCUGCAGGACCCUCACCCCCAUCACCCCAGUGGGAGGCUGCCACUCUGCUGUGGGUGGACAAGUAUCGUCCCCGUAGUCUGAAGGCUGUGAUCGGCCAGCAGGGGGACCAGAGCUGCACCAACAAGCUGCUCCGCUGGCUGCAGAACUGGUACAAACACCACAGUGGAGGCCUGGACAAACCUGCAGUAGCAAGGUUUAGUAAAUUUGGAGGAGGGAAAGAUGACGGGUCAGGAUACAAAGCUGCUCUGCUCUCUGGACCUCCGGGAGUGGGGAAGACCACCACUGCUGCACUGGUCUGUGAGGAGCUGGGCUUCAGCUACGUGGAGAUGAAUGCCAGCUGCACCCGCAGCAAAAACAGCCUGAAGGAAGUCGUAGCAGAGUCACUGAACAACACCAGCAUCGAGAACUUUUACAAAGGAACGUCUCAGACAGUGACCAGUAAGCACGUCCUGAUCAUGGAUGAGGUGGAUGGUAUGGCUGGUAAUGAAGACCGUGGAGGAAUCCAGGAAAUGAUCGGUCUGAUCAAAAACUCAAAGAUUCCCAUCAUCUGCAUGUGCAACGACCGCAACCAUCCGAAGAUCAGAUCGUUGGCCAAUUACUGCUUCGAUCUGCGCUUCCAGAGGCCGCGGGUGGAGCAGAUCAAGGGAGCCAUGAUGUCUAUUGCUUAUAAGGAAGGAAUUAGGAUCCCUCCACCAGCUCUGAAUGAAAUAAUCUUAGCCUCCAACCAGGACGUGCGACAGGUGAUUCACAACCUGAGCAUGUGGUCAGCCAAAGACAAGGUGAUGACGUAUGACCAGUGCAAGGCUGACGCAGCCAGCGCCCGCAAGGACAUGAAGCUGGGGCCGUUUGACGUCUGCAGGAAGGUGUUCGCCUCGGGAGAAGAAACGGCCCACAUGAGCCUCAUCGAUAAGUCCGACCUCUUCUUCCACGACUACUCACUGGCGCCGCUGUUUGUCCAGGAGAACUACCCGCACGUUCGUCCAGCUGCGGCUCGCGGAGAUAUGAAGGCCCAUCUGGUGCUGCUCAGCAAGACUGCCGACUCCAUCGCUGACGGCGACCUGGUGGACAGGCGGAUCCGGUCGGGACAAAACUGGUCCCUGCUUCCCACUCAGGCCAUCUAUGCCAGCGUGUUACCAGGCGAGCUAAUGAGAGGCUACAUGUCUCAGUUCCCAGUGUUCCCCAGUUGGCUCGGCAAGAACUCCUCUACUAAUAAACAUUCCCGCAUCGUACAAGAGCUGACCUCACACAUGAGCUUAAAGACCCUGAGCAGCAGACAGGCUGUGAACCUGGACUACCUUCACUACCUGCGACAGGCGCUGCUGCAUCCGCUUCAGAGGCAUGGAGCUGAGGGCGCCGCCCAGGCCGUGAAGCUCCUGGAUGACUACCAGCUCCUCAAGGAGGACGUGGACAGCAUCAUGGAGACCAGCGUCUGGGGCGGGCAGCCUGACCCUUACGCCAAACUAGACUCCAAGGUGAAGGCAGCUUUCACACGGGCGUACAACAAAGAGGCCCACCUGACGCCGUAUUCUUUGCAAGCCGUGAAGAAAGGUCGCAGAGGUGGAGGGGACCUGGAAUUGGGAGGAGAGGAGGGCCCAGAUGAUCAGCAGUCUGAUGACGAAGCAGAGGGCCUCAAAACUGACGCUAUGAUCAAACAGAAGAAGACCAAAACAACUAAAGAGUCGACUAAGGAGAAGAAGGAAGAUUCUGGGAAGGGCAAAGGCAAGGGGAAAGGCAAAGCUAAGAAGUGAUGAGGAGAGAACAGUCCUGGACUCCUUUUACAGACCAACUCCUCUGCACUUAAAUCAAUCUGUUAAGCAUCAGGAUGAAGGGAAACUCAGCUGGUGUUCAUCUAUCAUUUACUCCAACAAUGACUGCUGCUUUUUUAACUUCCAGCAUCUACAUAUGGAACAGACGCUGCUUGUAAUCUGCCUGUUGUCCCAUUAUCAUGUCUGUGUCCAUCUGCAGGUAUGUGUCUCAUCAGUAGUGUGCAUCGCUUCUGGCUUCAGGUUCUGGUCCAGCUAUUGUAGAUGUAAAUAACGUGACUAUGACAAGGAAGACUGUUAUCGUUUGCUACAACCGUAACACAGAAAUGUCUGUGUUACAGUUGUAGCAAACGAUAACAGUCUCUCAGUUACUCCUUGGAGAUUAUUUACUUGUAAAUUGCAAUUUUCUAAUAGAGGAAUAUGUUGCUCAUA